AUGGUUCGCAAGAACAUCAUCAUUUCUUCCCUCUUCCUGGGCCUCGUCUCAGCCUCGCCGCUCCACCUGAAGCGCCAGGACCUGCCCAUCGACAGCUAUGACGAGUCCGUGGCUGCCGGUGCUGACUCCACCGACACCCCCCCUGUUGGCGACGCCGUUCCCCAGAACGUCGAGACCUUCGACUCCAACACCGUGGCCGCGGAAGUUGUGGCCACCGUUGUCGACACUCCCCCUUCUGUGGCUCAGGCUUCCAACGACACUCCUCCCGAUGUCAUCACUGUCAACCUCUUGAAGCGCAGCGACAUCAACGUCGCUCGCGCCGACGGCCCGGCCACCUCGUGUAUUGUCCGCACCUUCAACGGUCCGCAAGUGUCUCCCGACACUCCUGGGGACUUCACAAGCUAUGCGGCUUUUUCCACUGCUGCCAAUGACGCUGUCAAGGCGGCCAACGUCCCUUCCGGCUACGCGGCCGUGCCUAACUUUGUCAACCUCAAUGCGGUGGCCCAGGACAAGUCCUACAUUACUUACACCAGCUCCAAGCUGACCUCGUACGACCCCAAGAAGUGCGCCGCCAUCUGCGACGCCACUGCCGGCUGCACCUCGUUCAACAUCUACUACGAGCGAGUGCCGCUUGAGAUCAGCAAGGCCACCCAGGUGCCCGAUUCCGCGCUGGGCUGCCCUGGCAAUGCCGACGCCGCCUCGGCCACUCUGAUCAAGUGCGCCUUCUACGGCAUGCCGCUCGUCGCCACCUCGGCCAAGUCGGUCUACCAGUACCAGGGCAAGGCCUUCAAGGUAGUCUACGCCGGCUCCACGGCCUUCACCAAGUCCAGCGGCCCCACGGUCGACGGCUUGCAGGGCCCCGUCACCUUUGGCGACGCCGCCAUCAACGCGCCCGCGCCCGUCAUCGACCACGGCUACCUCCGCACGCAGACCUUUGGCACCAACGUCCCCUUUGCCCCAGAACUCUGCGCCGCCAGCUGCAAGGCCCAGACCGAGUACAACGCGAAGCACGGCACCAACAAGGGCCAGGCCUGCAUCUUCUUCAACGCCUUUGUCAUUUACAAGAACGGCAAGGACGGCGUCUUCACUUGCAACUACUAUGGUACCCCCUAUGGUGUCAGCUACGCCAAGAACAGGGGCCAGUGGGAUGACUCUGGCAACCAUUGGACUAUCUCCAACAGCUUUGGCUACUACGUUCCUGGCAACUAUGUUGCCAAGUAA